UAUUAAUGCGGAGAUUACAAAAGUAAUUACUUUGCUAUAACGCUCAACUAAAGAACAAACCUUAGCUCAAAUUAAAAAUCCUAUAUAAAAAUAGAAAAGUGAUACAUAAUGGAUGAAUAUUCACGAGAACCCUGCCCGUGGCGUAUUUUGGACGACUCCGGUGGCGCUUUCAUCAUGGGUGCCAUUGGUGGAGGAAUAUUUCACUCAAUAAAAGGAUUUAGAAAUGCACCAGUUGGAUUCAGCCGAAAGAUGCUUGGCAGCUUAGCAGCAAUCAAGGAGCGGUCCCCAAUAGUAGCUGGCAACUUUGCAGUAUGGGGUGGCAUGUUUUCCACAAUAGACUGCUCUCUUGUAUACAUGCGGCAGAAGGAGGACCCCUGGAACUCUAUCAUGAGUGGCGCUUUGACCGGUGGAAUACUGGCUGCAAGAAAUGGUGUACCAGCGAUGGCGGGCAGUGCACUAGUAGGUGGGAUCCUGCUUGCCCUCAUAGAGGGCAUUGGCAUCAUGUUCACACGCCUCUCAGCGGAGCAGUUCAAGCCUCAACAACCAAUAUUUGAAGACCCCUCAGUUCUGGGCCAGAGUCAGGGACAAGGGCAGUCCUUCCAAUAAACCUAGACUUUUGACAUUUCUUAUUGGUUAGUUCACAACCUUAUGAGGCGAGGUUUAGCCCUUGUGUACAGCAGUGAAUGUA